AUGUCUACUUCUUUUCGACAGUUCGAGUAUUGCUGUUUGUGUAAAUUGAACCAUAAGAAAAGAAAGAAGCAUAUUUACUCAAAAAGACACCAAGAAACACUCACAAAUAUACUAAAGAAAUUUAAAAACAAGAUAUCCCUCUGCUUAUCAGCACUCGACACUGCUGAGGUGUUUAAUCGUGGCUAUGAGUUGGGGGCCAAGUUCUGGUGCUACUUCUGUGAGGAGGAAUGUAUCAAACAUUCACAGCUUGAAGACUGCACUGUUAAAAAUGGUGGAUUUCUCACACAUUUAAGCAGUGCAGACCACUUAUCGAAGAUAGAUCAGUUCUUUUGGAAGAAUUUAAUAGACAAGAAGAAAAAGCCUGAAUUUAUUUUGAAGCAAGAAGAUUUUCAGAAGUUCCUCAAGUCACAAGAUACCGCUGUGGAAAACUAUAGACAGAUUCUUUUGGCUAAAAGAUUACAGGAGGCUGAACAUAUUCGUCGUCAAGAAUACAAACGAAAGUGGAUUGAGAGUACUCGGGUCAGACCGUCAGCUAAGACUUAUGAACAGACAGUCAGUUUUAAGAGAUCUAAGUCCAGGGUUCCCGAGCCAGGUACGAGAGGAAAAGCUACGGUGGCUGCAUUCGGCGAUGGUCUUGCUUUUGUCACUCACAAGGAAGUGGACAGUGAACUGGGAAACAUUUUCACUGAUGCUGUACCCCCAUGGCUGAAGGACGAUGUAGAUGUCAGUAAGAAGGACGAAAUCGGACCGUCGAUGGAUGAGUAUCAGAAAGAGUUGAAACGAGAAAGUAAAAGAAAGCUACCAGCCACUAGGGUAGGCGCUCAAUUUGACCGGAACACCAAGUCAGAACUCGACUGGCUACCUUCUUUCGGAGGAGUGUGGAACAAAGGGAGGAGACUCCAUUCAAAGAAUCAGUUUCAACGAAAUAUGAAAAGAGGGCCAAACUCAUCCACAGAGUGGAGCUACCAAACAUCACAGAACCAGAAAUCUCAUACCAGAGGAUCAUAUAAAUCACAGGGAGGCAGCUACUACGAGACAAUUCCUUACACCCCUUCUGCCACAGUUAGUGUCCCGGGACAUAUUGGUGGUGAUCAGAUAAAGUGGGAGAGUCCAUCGUCAUCUAGAGGUGGCAUGGUGUCCACUUUCAGUGAACCAGGACAGCCAGCAUGGUCAUCCUCUGUGAUUGUUCCAUACAGGAAACAAAAGCCAAGGUCGGAAAACAACACUUCGGCUAUGAUUCCCCAGUUAAUUCAGACACCAAUAUUGACGCCUGCUAUUGCAGAACCUACAAGUGUUAAUGGACUACCCCAUGUGUACAGUCAGCUUGAUUCUAGUGUUAAUUUUAAUAAGACUUGAUUUUGAUUCUGCUAAAGUCUAUAAUUAAGGAUUGAUUUUGAUUCUUCUAGUGUCAGUAUUAAGGAUUGAUUUUGAUUCGUCUAGAGUCAAUAAUUAAAGAUUGAUUUUUGAUUCUUCUAGUGUCAGUAUUAAGGCUUGAUUUUGAUUCUUCUUGAAUUAAUAUUAAGGCAUAAUUUUGAUUCUUCUAGUGUCAAGCUUUGAUUCAGAACUAAUAAACUAUUAAAGAUGUAA